UUCAUUAUUAAUAUCCUAAUUAAGAUAAAGUAUGUCGAAUGAAAAAGGGAUUAUUAAAAAAUAUUAUUUCUCAUAAAAAAUAAUGUUGAUCUAUACACUUUUCAAUAAGUUAUAAUAUUAAAAAGUUAAAAUGUAAAAAAUAAAAUCGAGAAUUUUCACACGAAAAUAGAAGUCGGUAGCCAUUUUCACCACAAAGACAUGUCCAGAGGUCAAUUUCUUUUUUUCAAAUUAAAGUAUAUUACAUUAGCUUUAAUUUAAGAUAUAUAUAAAAGUGUCAGACUUUCCGGAACAUUUUAAAAAUUUAAGUGGAAAAAGUUAAUUUUUUGUGAAAAAGUUGUCAUUUUAAAUCCCCCCCGUUGGCAGGUAAAGGGUCAGAUUUAUAAAACAAAUACAGUGGACGCCGCUUAUUGGACUCACGGUUAAUUGACUCAUUCGCUUAUUAGACUCAAAACGCCUAGUCCCUAUUUACACAUAUACUAACACACAGCAAAAAAUUCGUAUAUUCGACUCACACACCGGUUAAUAGGGUCAUUUGAAAAUUAGAUAAAUAAAAAUAAUGUGUACAUACAUUGAACAAACGUGCUAUAAAUACGUUAUAAGUCGGUCCUAGUAAAAUUGCUUUUAUCGUGGAGAUAAAAUAAAUUACCUUUUCACGAUAAACGAAGCAGUCUUUAAUGUCAAUUAGUACGACAGGUAGUGUAUGAAUAGACGUCGUCGUGUACAGUGUGUUGUUUGUGUUUACGUUCUCUGUAAAAAUUUUCAUUUUUCGUGUUACAAUGAACAAACGACGUGAUUUGAGUGUAGAAGAAAAAUUAGAUGUUCUUAAAAAAUAUGACGAGCUUCCGCAAAUGAGCCAGCGACAAGCAGCAUGUAAGUUAAACGUGUCUCAAAGUUUACUAGGUAGGAUGCUAAAAAGUCGACAGAAAAUCGAAAAUGCAUCAUUAGCAAAUGUGAAUUCAAACCGGAAAAGAAAAAGAGUCGGUAAAGAAGAAGAAGUUGAAGACGCUUUGAAACAAUGGUUCACAAAAGUCAGAGAAAAAGAUGCCCGAGUUACAGGACCACUGUUGCGUCAAAAAGCUGAGGAACUCGCGAAAAAAAUGGACAAAAAUAAUUUUGUAGCAACAGAAGGUUGGUUUUACCGAUGGAAGAAACGUGAAAACAUUUCGUUUGUUAAGCCACAUGGAGAACAGGGAGAAGCAGACCAUGCAGCUGCACGAUCGUGGAUUCAUUCAGAAUGGCCAUCUCUUAUCGCCAAAUAUCCUCCGUCUAGUGUGUUCAAUGCAGAUGAAACUGGUCUUUAUUUCAGGGCAUUACCUGAACACACGUACGCGUUCAAAAAUGAAAAAACUAGAGGAACUAAAAUUAGUAAAGAACGUCUAACCAUAUUAUGUUGUACGAGUAUGGUUGGUGAAAAAAGAAAACUGCUUGUGAUUGGUAAAAGUAAAAAUCCCCGGUGUUUCAAGGGUGUUAAAAAUCUACCGGUCGACUAUACUGCAAACAAUAAUGCAUGGAUGACAAAAGAAAUUUUCACCGAAUGGUUGACCAAGUGGGACAAUGAACUUCGACAUGACGUCUUAUUGCUAGUCGAUAACUGCACGGCUCAUAUGGUUACAGUAAAAUUCAAACAUAUUAACCUCACAUUUUUACCCUCUAACACUACAUCAGUUAUACAACCAUGUGAUCAGGGGAUUAUACGCACUUUUAAAGCAUAUUACAGAACAGGCAUGAGAAAGAAUGUGAUCAAUGUGAUUGAUGCUAACCUGGAACAAGAAUUAUGUACCUUACGUGCUCAUGAAAUCGCUAAAAAAAUAACUGUACUUGAAGGUUUGCAUUUAGCCUAUGAAGCGUGGAAUAUCGUCAGCAAAAUCACAAUACGCAAUUGUUUCCGACAAGGUGGUUUCAUUAUCAGUCCAAAAGAAGUUGAAGCUGUUGUUGAAAGACCCGCUGACCUAACAACUGAACUUUAUAAUGAAUGGAUAAAUAUAGACGAAGAAGUCCAAACUACCGAACUCGUUACCGAGGAAGAUAUAUGUGAUGAAAUACAGUCAAAACGGCCAAAAGAGAAUGUGGCUGGUGAUAGUGAUGAAGAUGAACCUGAUGAAAAACCACCAUCAACUAAACAAAUGCUAGAAGCGCUUCAAAUUCUACGCAGAGGGAUUCAGCAAAGAGGCGAUUUUGACGUAUUCGAGCAACAUAAAUCCUACGAAAAUAUGAUAAUGAAGUUAGCCGAAGACGAAAAAGUCCAAUCAACCCUAGAUGAAUUUUUAUCAAAAAAUUAG